AUGGUCAUGGUGCAGCAGACAGUAACGGCUCGCUCGUGUCGGCUACUAGCGCACAUGCAACCUGCAUAUCCAUUAUGGCGGGGAAGAACGCUUCAGCAAGCUCAGUCAAGAGGUCGCCUAUUUACACUCGAUAAUAUGUGGACGGUGCAUACACCACAUGACACGGCGUUAAGACCAAGCUCAGAAGGUUGUCCGAGCCAAUGGAUAUGGCUUCGGCGUUGUAUUUGCUUUCUUGUUUACGACGACAAGAAUCGUACGCCAACGAUGGCCCCUUCCUGGACAUUUUUCUAUCGCAGUACUCUGUUUGGACAACCUAAGGACGGCGUGAGGAGGCUUGUGAGCGCAUGA